UUUGCAUGCUGCAAGAAUGCCCCCGCCUGCCCACUUCAUUUGCAUAUCUUAUAUUGCCUAAUGGAGAUCAUCAAAUUGGAGUAGAGGCCGGCCGAGGCAUCCUUCGAGGGUGAUUCUCCAGUGAUCCUCUCGGCAGAAACAGGUGUCAAGACUGGAGAUUCGGGGGGUUACCAUCCGAAAGGGAAGCAAAGCUGGAUUUCUGAGGGUCGGGAGUUUUGGGGAGGGUCUCUUUCCUCACCCCUUCCCUAACCCUCCCCCCCUUUCCCUCCCUUUUCUCUCUCUCCUUCCCCCCUGGUUUAAAAUGGUGUCCAAAUUGAGCGCUCUGCAGCAAGAACUUCUCGAAGCGCUCCUCACCUCGGGGGUGACCAAAGAGGUCCUGAUCCAAGCUCUGGAGGAGCUGAUGCCCACCUCCGGCACCGCCAGCGGGAAUAGCAACGCCGCCAGCAACGGCGCCUACGGGGUCAAACUGGAAAACUUGCAGCUCUCGCCCAGCAGCGGCGGAGGCGGCGGCGGCCCCGACGUGGACAGCAAGCCGGUUUUCCACACGCUGACCAACGGGCACGGCAAGGACAAGCUGUCCGGGGACGAAGGCUCCGACGACGGGGAUGACUUCGACACCCCGCAGAUCCUCCGCGAGCUGCAGGCGCUCAACACCGAGGAGGCGGCCGAGCAAAGGGCCGAAGUGGAGAGGAUGAUCAGCGAGGACCCUUGGCGAGCGGCGAAGAUGAUCAAGGGUUACAUGCAGCAACACAACAUCCCCCAGAGGGAGGUGGUGGAUGUCACUGGACUGAAUCAGUCCCAUCUCUCGCAACAUCUCAACAAGGGGACGCCCAUGAAAACGCAGAAGCGGGCGGCUCUCUAUACGUGGUACGUCCGGAAGCAGAGGGAGAUUCUCCGGCAAUUCAACCAGACAGUCCAGGGUUCGGGAAAUAUGACAGACAAAAGCAGUCAAGAUCAGCUGCUGUUUCUCUUUCCAGAGUUCAACCAGCAAAGCCAGGGGGUGGGUCAGCUGGACGACCCCUGCGCUGAAACGCCCAGCAAGAAGAUGAGGCGGAACCGGUUCAAGUGGGGCCCCGCUUCGCAGCAGAUCUUGUACCAGGCCUAUGACCGGCAAAAGAACCCCAACAAGGAGGAAAGGGAGGCCCUGGUUGAGGAGUGCAACAGGGCAGAAUGCCACCAGCGGGGCGUGUCCCCCUCUAAAGCACAUGGACUGGGUUCGAAUUUGGUGACAGAAGUCCGGGUCUACAACUGGUUUGCGAACCGGAGGAAAGAGGAGGCUUUUCGUCAGAAGCUGGCUAUGGAUGCUUACAGCACGGGCCAACCUCACAGCAUGAACCUUUUGCUCUCCCACAAUUCCCCCCAUCAUGCGCAACCCAGCUCUUCCCCACCAAGCAAAAUGUCAGGAGUCCGCUACAGCCAACCAGGGAGCAAUGAAGUCACUUCCUCCUCCGCCAUUAGUCACCAUGGCAACAGCUCCAUGGUGACCACCAGCCAGGCUGCCCUACAGCAAGUGUCUCCAGCCGGUUUGGACCCAGGCCACAGCCACAGCCUGCUCCCACCGGACGGCAAAAUGAUUACGGCGCCAGGAGGUGGGCUUCCCCCGGUCAGUACUCUCACGAACAUCCACAGCUUUUCCCAUCAUAAUCCACAACAGUCCCAGAACCUCAUCAUGGCACCAUUAUCAGGUGUCAUGGCUAUCACACAAAGCCUAAACAGUUCCCAAGCACAGAGCAUCCCCGUCAUCAACAGCGUGGCCAGCAGCCUGGCAGCCCUGCAGCCCGUCCAGUUCUCCCAGCAGCUGCACAGCCCCCACCAGCAGCCCAUCAUGCAGCAAUCGCCCAACCCUAUGGCACAGCAGCCCUUCAUGGUGACGCAGCUGCAGAAUUCACACAGUAAGGAUCUUGUCAGUGUACGCGCACAAGCAGGAACCCCCUCAGUAUUCCCACACAUCCCGGUUCCCUUCAGCCAUGGUGGUCACGGAUACCAGCAGCAUCAGUUCGUUAACCAAUAUGUCUUCCAGUAAACAGUGUCCGCUGCAAGCUUGGUGAUGCUCCAUACCUCACUUCCUUUGCCUAUAGCAACCAGAGAUUAUUUCCCCUCAUCAUCCUGCCAGCGAGCCACGACAGAGUCCUGGGGCCAGGAGGUUAUCAAGAGGUCUGGCGCCAUACCAAAGAGAGCCCACCAAACCUGGCGAGAGGGCUGGAAGUUUCAAAGACAAAACAUUUCGGUGACUUUUGCAACGGGUGCAAAGAUGACAUCCCUGUGGGUCUCUGUCACACCACACCCCCCAGCCCACAGUAUUUUCCAAGACUUACUGUCUUUUAAGGAUUUUGAAAGUAUUUUUCCUUCCCUGGGGGCAUUUCUUUGCGAGAGAAGUGAGAACAAAAUGGAUAUUGGACUGAGGAGGAGUUUGGAGAGAGUGCAAAAGCUGAAGAUCAAUCAUAUUUAUAAAAAGUUACAUUCCUCUACCAAAAUGGACCAGAGAGUGAAAUUGGGGCUGUUACUUCAGGUUGUGGAGGAUGAGCUGCCUGUGCUGUCGAACUGAGCCAACGGAACUGUAUAUAGAGAAACGCGGUGAUUUCCCGGCUCCUCCCUUUCCUUCCCCCCCACAGCCUACCCAGAGAGAUUUAUAUAUUAAAGAAAGUUAAUGUUG